AGCCUCCACCGUGGAAGUUUCUACCCGCGUUCGUCCGCUUGCAAUCGUGCGUAACGAGGCCGACAGAUCGCGAACAUACGAGAGAACAUCGUUAAAGAGUGAUCGAAAGGUAUCUGUUCUAAGAUCCAAGUUAAUCUGUGAUUAAUUGUAUUCAUUCAAUUGAUCGAAUAUAAAAAAAGGAAAUCUAUCGAUACAUGGAUCAAAGUGUAACUGGUGAACGAGGAUGAGGACGAUUCUGUACCCACGUUUUUAUCUGUGCACCGACCACUGCGGCGAGUAAAUCAUCGACUGAACAGGUGGAAAUCAUGCGGGGGUGUUUGUUCCUGAUUCUCUGUGCCGCAGGCAUGUCGGCCGUGGUGGUACAAUCCUACAAUGUCAGUAUUAGUCAUACGGUGGAGAACCGGCGUAGGAUCGGCCGGCAAAACGGGAAUAUAAGGCGUUACGCGUGUCCCAUAGGAUUCUUUCGAUUGAAAAGAUAUUGCUAUUAUUUAAGCGGAGGCACAGCACCCUGGAGGGAUGCAUACUUUCAUUGCAAAGAUAGAAACGCCACCCUGGCGAUCCUCGACAGAAAUGGAAAGGACAGAAUGCUGAGGAAAUAUUUGAUGAGCGACCAGUUCACCGAAUUAGAAAGAUGGAUCGGUGGAAUAUUUAACUGGCAACAAAUGGCGUGGGAAUGGGGAGUAACCGGUGAAAAAGUGGUCUUUCAGAAUUUCGGCAGACCACAAACUGAACAAUCUAAACAACAAUACGCCUGGCACUGUAUCACGAUCGACCCCGCUCUAAAAUAUAAAUGGAGUCCACGAAGCUGCGUCGAACGAAAACAUUAUAUAUGCGAAGUGGAAGCUGGCCGCAUAGCCAGAAGACGCAAAAAGACGACUGAUCCUUUCGCGCCGCAAAACCAAAGAUUAAAGCCCCGAAAGAAGGGCAAGAAGUACUCGAAAGAACCGCGUAAGCCGACUAAACAGAACAAACAGCGAUCAUGGAGAAAGAAUUUUGUGGAACAGAAUGCGAACAACUAUUGGGUGCACGGUGUUAAAUUGGGUUCAAUGCCACCGUCUAACCUGAGAAUGGGACACCCGAAGAACCGAUUGCGACAUCACUCGAAUAGAACUCAAGCGAAUUAUCCAAAAGUGUCACAAGUCGUGCCCCAAGGACCAGAAUACAGUGCAUUUUUGGCUAACGGAGCCAACAAUCGGUAUCCACAAAGCCUAACAGACCUAGGCAAAACCUUCUCUCAAUACUCUGGCAAAAUGAACGAACUGGCGAGUGAAGAAGUUCUGAUAAAACCUUGAGCAAACACGCUACCAACGUGCAAGAUAUUUAAUUGAACUCUUUAUUUGAUAGCUUUAAAUGUUAUCGAUUAUAACCACUUGAAAUUUCUAUCUUAAGUACGUUUCGCCAUACGUUGUGUUUGGACCAAAAUCUUUAACGCGUUAAAUACCGGACUAAUCAAAAUAUCAUAUAAAAAAAAUUAAGUUGCAUAAUGUUAUUAUAGUAGAUGAAUUUCUUUUACCGUGGGUUUGCAAUGAUCCUUACACAAAAAUGCAUUUAAUGCAACACAUCUUAAGUGCACUAUAAUGCAUUGGCUACGUUACAUCAAUAUUGUAAUAUCGAAAAUACUGAAAAUUUUACAAUAUUACCAUUUAUUUAAUUUAGACGUUACCGACCAACAGGGCAUGCAACAUGUUAAUUAAUCUAUUAAAGGGUCAAUCGUCAUUUCGUUUCCACUUUGCGGAAAUUGAAAUUUGAACUCGAAACCGAACAGAGACUGAAAUAAUUUGUUCAUUUAACAUUGGCGAAACAUUCUUUCAUGUUCCUCUCUCUAAAUAGGUAUUAGAUUUUUGGGAAUAUAUUUGUUUAGUUCGUAAUGUUACCUCGAUUUAAUGAUUAUAUUCAUGUUCAUACAUUGUUUAUAAGUACCUACAUUUAGAUUUCAUUGAAACUUCACGUUUAUUUAAUUUCCGAAACUAAUUUUCACUUGCAACUAAAUGUAGGUGGUUCGAAGACAUUUAUGAGAAGAAAUUUCUAACGAAAGACAACAUUGAAAAUAAUGUUUCUUUUAUCUUUUCUUUAGUUAAUUUAUUUCUAUUCCAUGAAAAAUCAUUCAUAAAG